AUCGCUAGCAGCUGAUUAGAUAUAGAGAUAUCACAGUUGUCCACUAUCUGAGCGAUGGUUCUCGGCUACGUGUUGUGGCUCAUCGUGUCCGUAGCUGCCUUCAAACUUGUCCUAGCAGGAACAUUGCCUGGUGCACUGUUGUAGCAACGAUCACAGCAUGCAGACUCUAGUGGCGGUUUUGUGGACAGCAACAAUCCUUCUGGAGGUCAAGACUCAAGAAGAUGAACUGUGGGAUCCUUGGGCAGAUAACUGCGAAUCCAUGGUCCCCUGUAACCUGACUGAACCCCAGACCGACCCCAUGCCCUACAUAGUUACUCUCAACAGACCCUACAUCAACAGCGAUCAGGCGGUGUACGUCUAUAUAAGAGCACUACCUCCACUCAGUUUCCAGGGGUUCAUGAUUCAGGCUCGGGACGACAAGACCGGUCAAGCUGUCGGAGAGUUUGACACAGACAACAGGAAGAUCAGCAUUAUAAAUUGCUUCGGCAGGCCAGAUAGCACGGCCAUGCACGCUGACAAUUCCCCCAAGACGGAGGUGACGGCCAGAUGGGCGCCCGAGGAUGACAAUGACGCUACCGUCACAUUUUAUGUCACAAUUGCUGAAAAGGUUGACCCUCUAGGGAGGUUCUGGGCUUGCCAGCGUACGAAAACACUUCAAAUUAUCAAGUGACUUCUUGUAACCCUUUUGUCCUUUCACUCUUCAAGUACUUAGGAGAGUUCUGUACACUAUGCCAACAACUGUUUAUUUAACAGUCCCUCUUUCAUUAUUUCAAAAAAAUUACAGUCUGGUUUAUAUACAAUGAACCAUAACCCUCAUAAUUAGCCCAAAGUGUAUUUACAAAUACCAAAAUAGAUAUUGAAGAGUGAUGGAAUCAAAAUAAAAUUUUAUAAUAUUAUUACUUAAAUUAUACGUAUACCAGUGAGAGUAAUGUAAUAUAGAAUAAGACAUAUUUUUUUGGAGCCUGAUCGUUUGGAUUCAUUAUUUAUUAAUGAUGUAAAGAGAUCUGAAUUAAUAGUUUUAAUGCUAAUGCUCUCAAAAGAACCUAAUCUUCUACACUCAUGGAAAACUGUAGACAGUAUAACUUAGAACUAAGUGCUUUAAACAAUAUUUUAUUGCCACAACCCUGGAUUGCAAUGUUAUGUCUCCUACUAUAAUAUUUAACAAUUAUUAAUCAUUUCAUGUGUUAAUAUUUGUAAUAUGAUUAUAUGCGAAUUGGAUUCGUGUUUAAUUUAUACGAUUUUGGAAAUUCGUCACUUAAAUAUUUUAUAACUUAGGCCAUAUAACUGGGUCACUUAACAUACAAGUUUGAUCAAAAUUGUCGACAAACUGAAUAUUGCUGUUAUUAAUUUGAGUAAAAUAUCAAUCUGUAAAUACUAAUAAGAGGGUAAACUUUGUAGAUUGUAUAGUAAUAAAAAAAAUAGAAUCUUCUUGAUAAAUAAAA